UAUAUACUCACACCACUGAACAAAGUUUUAUUUAUUUCGAAAAAAUUGCAGACCGUAAAUGCUAUUCGAUUCUGUUGCAGUUGAAUAAAAAAAUCAUUGACUUUUUUUGUAACACAUUUUAGGUCCAAAUUACUACGCAAAAAAUUUUCCACGACAUAUUGAUUGUGACUACUGCUACAAUUAGAAUUUUGCUCGCUCGUUAAAAUCUUCCAUUAAAACUCGCGUUUCUAGAAUCAAUUAAUUACUCGCCUUGUGAUUAUCAAGAUUCACAAUUUUCACAAGAUUUACAAUUCAAUAUAAUUUUAUGUAUGAUUCUCCCGGUCGUAUUGGUCAAGAGGCGCAGUCGCGUUUUGCGUAAAAUGCAAAGAGAGACCGAGUCUCUUUUACCCGAGUCAGCGACUUCCAAGCAUACGAGAUUAUCACAUAUCAGUAACCGCUGAACUCAUCAACUCAUUGCGUUCUCGUAAAUUACCGUUUAGAUAUCAUAGAUUCAAUCUUUCAUUUAUUUCUCGGAGAACACAUUUUCAAUAUUUUGAAAUGAUGGAUCGAUCGAAACUACAAACUGAUCUUUCGUUGGGAAAACUUGUAAGAUUUUUGUUUAAGUUAUUUAUUCCGGCUGAUAAAGGCUAAGUAUAGCAGAAACGUUCCGAAUUAAUUGUGUUUUUGCGUACUAAUGUAAUAAAAGUUUUCGUGAAACUCGCGUAACGUCUCAUACGAGGGCGGUUCGGUCGCGCUCCGCAGCUGAUGCUCCCACUCGCGACGCGAGUCGGGGUCAAGUCGAUCUGUAGCGAGGAUGACGAAGAGAUCCUUACUGCUUGUGAUGGGUCGUCCGAUGCUAGCGAGUGCCUCAGCGGUGUUGGUCACGCAGUGUGGUGCGUCAACAGUUCCCAUGUUCGGUCAAAGUUCGGCCCUGCAGUGGGCAGACUUUUCAACAUUUCCUCGGCCUCGCCUUCCAACUCCGUUUUCAGAUUCAGCCAGCUUGGAGCGAUUCGCAAGGCGAUCGUGUCAAACGAGAGUAAAGUCAGCCGGCCUUGAGAUCCGGCUCGAAGGACCAAAAUGUUUUGGCACGCGCUCUUCGCGAUGGAAUGAAGAAGCAGGAAAGCUAAGUGCUAGGAGCAAGCGACUCCUUGAUUCGCGAAAGUUAUCGAGACACGUGCACAGUAUGCGACUAAGCUCAAGCAGGCACCUUCGAGAAGCGAGCGGCCCGCGCAAAUUCGGCACUUAUAUAGUGUCGGUGCUUCUGGAUCUCUCUAGAAGCUUCGAGAAGCUUUUCGAACGCUUUCGCUCUUCCAGAGCGGAAGUGAGCCUGCAAAGAUGAGACGAAUCCAGAAGCAUAGACCGUUAAAAGCCUCGUUUUUUAUUUAAUUGGCCUUUUGCUCCUUGAUCGCCUUGCGUAGGCAAAUCGCGGGCUUCAAGUUUUAAGGCGAUGCUGGACCGAUCUCUAUAUGUGCUUAUUUUUGUGCACAGAUAACUCUUAAUUGGCUUUACAUCACAAAAUCCUUUUACACAAUUAAAGUAGUGACACAAACACACCUCGCUAGCUAUAAUUAAAUAUAGCAAAAACGAAAGUUGAUUAAAAAAUUAUAGUUUAAUUAUCGGCUUCUGCAGCCGACUCGUGACAAUACAUACCCAUAUAAAAGUUUUAGACAUUGUGUGUAUGAAAUAAGUAGCUAGCGAGGUGUGAAUUAAAUCAAAGAACAAUACCCCUAGUAGCACAAUACAUUGGCUUUACAUUGGUUAACAUUGGCGAAACAUUGGUUAUGUUGGGAGUACAUUGGCCAAUAUUUCCUAAUAAAGAGCCAAUAUUGGUCAUAGAAUCAAUUGCACAUGUACUUGUAAUAUUGC